GAUGAGCAGUUCUUAGGUUUUGGCUCAGAUGAAGAAGUCCGAGUACGAAGUCCCACAAGGUCUCCUUCAGUUAAAACUAGCCCUCGAAAGCCUCGCGGGAGACCUAGAAGUGGCUCUGACCGAAAUUCAGCUAUCCUCUCAGAUCCGUCUGUGUUUUCCCCUCUAAAUAAAUCAGAGACCAAAUCUGGAGAUAAGAUCAAGAAGAAAGAUUCUAAAAGCAUAGAAAAGAAGAGAGGAAGACCCCCCACCUUCCCUGGAGUAAAAAUCAAAAUAACACAUGGAAAGGACAUUUCAGAGCUACCAAAGGGAAGCAAAGAAGAUAGCUUGAAAAAGAUUAAACGGACACCUUCUGCUACAUUUCAACAAGCCACAAAGAUUAAAAAAUUAAGAGCAGGUAAACUCUCUCCUCUCAAGUCUAAGUUUAAGACAGGGAAGCUUCAAAUAGGAAGGAAGGGGGUACAGAUUGUCCGACGGCGAGGAAGGCCUCCAUCGACAGAAAGGAUAAAGACCCCUUCAGGCCUCCUCAUUAACUCUGAACUGGAAAAGCCCCAGAAGGUCCGGAAGGACAAGGAAGGAACACCUCCACUCACAAAAGAAGAUAAGACAGUAGUCAGACAAAGCCCUCGAAGGAUUAAGCCGGUGAGGAUUAUUCCUUCUUCUAAAAGGACAGAUGCAACAAUUGCUAAGCAGCUCUUGCAGAGGGCAAAAAAGGGGGCUCAAAAGAAAAUUGAGAAAGAAGCAGCUCAGCUGCAGGGAAGAAAGGUGAAGACACAGGUCAAAAACAUUCGACAGUUCAUUAUGCCCGUUGUCAGUGCCAUCUCCUCACGGAUCAUUAAAACCCCUCGGCGGUUUAUAGAGGAUGAGGAUUAUGACCCUCCGAUUAAAAUUGCCCGACUAGAGUCUACACCGAACAGUAGAUUCAGUGCCACGUCCUGUGGAUCUUCUGAAAAAUCAAGUGCAGCUUCUCAGCACUCCUCUCAGAUGUCUUCAGACUCCUCCCGAUCUAGUAGCCCCAGUGUUGAUACCUCCACAGAUUCUCAGGCCUCUGAGGAGAUUCAGGUACUUCCUGAAGAGCGGAGCGAGACCCCCGAAGUUCAUACUCCACUGCCUAUUUCCCAGUCCCCAGAAAACGAUAGUAAUGAUAGGAGAAGCAGAAGGUAUUCCGUGUCAGAGAGAAGUUUUGGAUCUAGAACAACUAAAAAGCUAUCAACUCUACAAAGUGCCCCCCAGCAGCAGCCCUCUUCCUCUCCGCCUCCACCUCUGCUUACUCCACCCCCGCCACUGCAGCCAGCCUCCGGCAUCUCUGACCACACACCUUGGCUCAUGCCUCCAACGAUCCCCUUAGCAUCACCAUUUUUGCCUGCUUCUGCUGCUCCUAUGCAAGGGAAGCGCAAGUCUAUUUUGCGAGAACCAACGUUUAGGUGGACUUCCUUAAAGCAUUCUAGGUCAGAGCCACAAUACUUUUCCUCAGCAAAGUAUGCCAAAGAAGGUCUUAUUCGCAAACCCAUAUUUGAUAAUUUCCGACCCCCUCCACUAACUCCUGAGGAUGUUGGCUUCGCGUCCGGUUUUUCUGCAUCCGGUACUGCUGCUUCAGCCCGAUUGUUUUCACCACUCCACUCUGGAACAAGGUUCGAUAUGCACAAAAGGAGCCCUCUUCUGAGAGCUCCGAGAUUUACUCCAAGUGAGGCUCACUCUAGAAUAUUUGAGUCUGUCACCUUGCCUAGUAAUCGAACUUCUGCUGGAACAUCUUCUUCAGGAGUAUCCAACAGAAAAAGGAAAAGAAAAGUCUUUAGCCCUAUUCGAUCUGAACCAAGAUCUCCUUCUCACUCCAUGAGGACAAGAAGUGGAAGGCUUAGUACUGCUGAGCUGUCACCUCUCACCCCGCCGUCUUCUGUCUCUUCCUCGUUAAGCAUAUCUGUUAGUCCUCUUGCCACUAGUGCCUUAAACCCAACUUUUACUUUUCCUUCUCAUUCCCUGACUCAGUCUGGGGAAUCUGCAGAGAAAAGCCAGAGACCAAGGAAGCAGGCUAGCGCUCCAGCAGAGCCAUUUUCAUCUGGCAGCCCCACUCCUCUCUUCCCUUGGUUUACCCCAGGCUCUCAGACUGAAAGAGGGAGAAAUAAAGACAAGGCCCCUGAGGAGCUGUCCAAAGAUCGAGAUGCUGACAAGAGCGUGGAGAAGGACAAGAGUAGAGAGAGAGACCGGGAGAGAGAAAAAGAGAAUAAGCGGGAGUCAAGGAAAGAGAAAAGGAAAAAGGGAUCAGAAAUUCAGAGUAGUUCUGCUUUGUAUCCUGUGGGUAGGGUUUCCAAAGACAAGGUUGUCAGUGAAGAUGUUGCCACUUCAUCUUCUGCCAAAAAAGCAACAGGGCGGAAGAAGUCUUCAUCACUUGAUUCUGGGACUGAUAUUGCUUCUGUGACUCUUGGGGAUACAACAGCUGUCAAAACCAAAAUACUUAUAAAGAAAGGGAGAGGAAAUCUGGAAAAAAACAACUUGGACCUCGGCCCAACUGCCCCAUCCCUGGAGAAGGAGAAAACCCUCUGCCUUUCCACUCCUUCAUCUAGCACUGUUAAACAUUCCACUUCCUCCAUAGGCUCCAUGUUGGCUCAGGCAGACAAGCUUCCUAUGACGGACAAGAGGGUUGCCAGCCUCCUAAAAAAGGCCAAAGCCCAGCUCUGCAAGAUUGAGAAGAGUAAGAGUCUUAAACAAACCGACCAGCCCAAAGCACAGGGUCAAGAAAGUGAUUCAUCAGAGACCUCUGUGCGAGGACCCCGCAUUAAACAUGUCUGCAGAAGAGCUGCUGUUGCCCUUGGCCGAAAACGAGCUGUGUUUCCUGAUGACAUGCCCACCCUGAGUGCCUUACCAUGGGAAGAACGAGAAAAGAUUUUGUCUUCCAUGGGGAAUGAUGACAAGUCAUCAAUUGCUGGCUCAGAAGAUGCUGAACCUCUUGCUCCACCCAUCAAACCAAUUAAACCCGUUACCAGAAACAAGGCGCCUCAGGAACCUCCAGUAAAGAAAGGGCGACGAUCCAGGCGGUGUGGGCAGUGUCCCGGCUGCCAGGUGCCUGAGGACUGUGGUGUUUGUACUAAUUGCUUAGACAAACCCAAGUUUGGUGGCCGAAAUAUAAAGAAGCAGUGCUGCAAGAUGAGAAAAUGUCAGAAUCUACAAUGGAUGCCUUCCAAAGCCUACCUUCAGAAGCAAGCAAAAGCUGUGAAAAAGAAAGAGAAAAAGUCUAAAACCAGCGAAAAGAAAGAGAGCAAGGAGAGCAGUGUUGGGAAGAGCGUGGUGGACUCUGGUCAGAAACCUGCCCCGUCAGCAAGAGAGGACCCUGCCCCCAAGAAAAGCAAUAGUGAACCUCCGCCUCGAAAGCCCAUUGAGGAAAAGAGCGAAGAAGGGAACACCUCUGCCCCAGUUUCUGAAUCCAAACAAGUUACCACUCCAGCUUCCAGGAAGUCCGGCAAGCAGGCCUCCCAGCCAGUGCCAGUCACCCCUGCACAGCCACCGAGCACAGCACCACCAAGAAAGGAAGUUCCCAAGACCACUCCUAGUGAGCCCAAGAAAAAACAGCCUGCACCACCAGAAUCAGGUCCAGAGCAAAGCAAGCAGAAAAAAGUGGCUCCUCGCCCAAGUAUUCCUGUAAAACAAAAACCAAAAGAAAAGGAAAAGCCACCUCCAGUCAGUAAGCAGGAGAACACAGGCACUUUGAACAUCCUCAGCACUCUCUCCAAUGGCAAUACUUCGAAGCAAAAAAUCCCAGCAGAUGGAGUCCACAGGAUCAGAGUGGACUUUAAGGAGGAUUGUGAAGCAGAAAAUGUGUGGGAGAUGGGAGGCUUAGGAAUCUUGACCUCUGUUCCUAUAACACCCAGAGUGGUUUGCUUUCUCUGUGCCAGCAGUGGGCACGUGGAGUUUGUGUAUUGCCAAGUCUGUUGUGAGCCCUUCCACAAGUUUUGUUUAGAGGAGAACGAGCGCCCCCUGGAGGACCAGCUGGAGAACUGGUGUUGUCGCCGCUGCAAGUUCUGUCAUGUUUGUGGAAGGCAGCAUCAGGCCACCAAGCAGCUGCUGGAGUGUAAUAAGUGCCGAAACAGCUAUCACCCCGAGUGCCUGGGACCAAACUACCCCACCAAGCCCACCAAGAAAAAGAAAGUUUGGAUCUGCACCAAGUGUGUUCGCUGCAAGAGCUGUGGAUCCACAACUCCAGGCAAAGGGUGGGACGCACAGUGGUCUCACGAUUUUUCACUGUGCCACGACUGUGCCAAACUCUUUGCUAAAGGGAACUUCUGUCCUCUCUGUGAUAAGUGUUAUGAUGACGAUGACUACGAGAGUAAGAUGAUGCAGUGUGGGAAGUGUGAUCGCUGGGUCCAUUCCAAAUGUGAGAAUCUUUCAGACGAGAUGUAUGAGAUUCUGUCUAACUUGCCAGAAAGCGUGGCCUACACCUGUGUGAACUGCACUGAGCGGCAUCCUGCAGAGUGGCGACUGGCCCUGGAAAAAGAGCUACAGAUCUCUCUGAAGCAAGUUCUGACAGCUUUGCUCAACUCUCGGACCACCAGCCACUUGCUUCGCUACCGACAGGCUGCCAAACCUCCAGACUUAAAUCCUGAGACAGAGGAGAGUAUACCUUCCCGCAGCUCUCCAGAAGGACCUGAUCCACCUGUGCUUACUGAGGUCAGCAAACAGGAAGAUCAACAGCCCUUAGAUCUGGAAGGAGUCAAGAGGAAAAUGGACCAAGGGAACUAUACAUCUGUGUUGGAGUUCAGUGAUGAUAUCGUGAAGAUCAUUCAAGCAGCCAUUAAUUCAGAUGGAGGGCAGCCGGAGAUUAAAAAAGCCAACAGCAUGGUCAAGUCCUUCUUUAUUCGGCAAAUGGAACGUGUUUUUCCAUGGUUCAGUGUCAAAAAGUCUAGGUUUUGGGAGCCAAAUAAAGUAUCGAGCAACAGUGGGAUGUUACCAAACGCAGUGCUUCCACCUUCACUUGACCAUAAUUAUGCUCAGUGGCAGGAGCGAGAGGAAAACAGCCACACUGAGCAGCCUCCUCUAAUGAAGAAAAUCAUUCCAGCUCCCAAACCUAAAGGGCCUGGAGAACCAGACUCUCCAACUCCUCUCCAUCCUCCCACACCACCAAUUUUGAGUACUGAUAGGAGUCGAGAAGAUAGUCCAGAACUGAACCCACCCCCAGGCAUAGAAGAUAAUAGACAAUGUGCAUUGUGUUUGACCUAUGGUGAUGACAGUGCUAAUGAUGCUGGCCGUUUGCUUUACAUUGGCCAAAAUGAGUGGACACAUGUAAAUUGCGCUUUGUGGUCAGCAGAAGUGUUUGAAGACGAUGAUGGAUCACUAAAGAAUGUGCACAUGGCUGUGAUCAGGGGCAAGCAGCUGAGAUGUGAGUUCUGCCAAAAGCCAGGAGCCACUGUGGGCUGCUGCCUUACAUCCUGCACCAGCAACUAUCACUUCAUGUGUUCUCGCGCCAAGAACUGUGUCUUUCUGGAUGAUAAGAAAGUGUAUUGCCAGCGCCAUCGGGAUCUAAUCAAAGGCGAGGUGGUUCCUGAGAAUGGAUUUGAAGUUUUUAGAAGAGUGUUUGUGGACUUUGAAGGAAUCAGCUUGAGAAGAAAGUUUCUCAAUGGCUUGGAACCAGAAAAUAUCCACAUGAUGAUUGGCUCCAUGACAAUUGACUGCUUAGGAAUUCUGAAUGAUCUCUCUGACUGUGAAGAUAAGCUUUUUCCUAUUGGAUAUCAGUGUUCCAGGGUUUACUGGAGCACCACGGAUGCUCGCAAGCGCUGUGUGUAUACGUGCAAGAUCGUAGAAUGCCGUCCUCCAGUUGUAGAGCCGGAUAUCAACAGCACUGUCGAGCACGAUGAAAAUAGGACCAUCGCUCACAGCCCCACAUCUUUUGCAGAAAUUGCAUCUAAAGAAAGUCAAAACACAGCUGAAAUUGUAAGUCCUCCCUCACCAGACCGACCUCAUUCGCAAACCUCCGGCUCCUGUUUUUAUCAUGUCAUCUCAAAGGUCCCUAGGAUUCGCACACCUAGUUAUUCUCCAACACAGAGAUCCCCUGGCUGUCGGCCGUUGCCUUCUGCAGGAAGUCCUACCCCAACCACUCAUGAAAUAGUCACAGUGGGUGACCCUUUACUCUCCUCUGGACUCCGAAGCAUUGGCUCCCGGCGUCACAGCACUUCUUCCUUGUCACCCCAGCGGUCUAAACUCCGGAUCAUGUCUCCAAUGAGAACUGGGGGUACUUACUCCAGGAAUAGUGUUUCCUCAGUCUCUACCAUCGGGACUGCCACAGACCUUGAGUCAAGUGCCAAAGCAGUUGAUCAUGUCUUAGGACCACUGAAUUCAAAUACUAAUUUAGGGCAAAACACUUCCACCUCUUCAAAUUUGCAAAGGACAGUGGUUACUAUGGGCACUAAAACCAGCCACUUGGAUGGGUCUUCCUCUUCCGAAAUGAAGCAUUCCAGCGCUUCAGACUUGGCAUCCAAGGGCUCCUCUUUGAAGGGAGAGAAGACCAAAGUGCCAAGUUCCAAGAGUUCGGAGGGGUCUGCACAUACUGUGGCUUAUCCUGGCAUUCCCAAACUGGCUCCACAGGUUCAUAACACAACACCUGGAGAAUUAAAUGCUAGCAAGAUCAGCACUUUCGCUGAACUCUCUUCAGGGCCAUUUUCUUCUAAAGAGGCCCUCUCCUUCCCCCCACUCCAUCUGAGAGGGCAGAGGAAUGAUCGGGACCAACACACAGAUUCUAACCAAUCGGUAAACCCCCCUCCCGAUGAAGACGCGGGAGUCAAAACCUUGAAGCUAUCUGGAGUGAGCAACAGAUCAUCCAUCCUCAAUGAGCACGUGGGGUCUAGUUCCAGAGACCGGAGACAGAAAGGGAAAAAGUCUUGUAAAGAAACUUUCAAAGAAAAACAUUCCAGUAAAUCUUUUUUGGAACCUGGGCAGGUGUCAACUGGUGAGGAAGGAAACCUAAAGCCGGAGUUUGUGGACGAGGUUUUGACUCCUGAGUUUAUGGGGCAACGACCAUGUAAUAAUGUUUCUUCUGAUAAGAUUGGAGACAAAGUCCUCUCUAUUCCGGGAGCCCCCAAAGCUCCAUCCAUGCAAGUAGAAGGAUCUGCCAAGGAAUUACAGACACCCCGGAAACGCACGGUCAAAGUAACACUGACACCUCUCAAAAUGGAAAGUGAGGGCCAGUCCAAGAAUACCCUGAAAGAAGGUAGCCCCGUUUCCCCUUUGCAAAUAGAGUCAGCAUCUCCUCCCACAGAACCAGUUGCAGCCUCCGAAAGUCCAGGAGAUGGUCCAGUGGCCCAGCCAAGCCCCAAUGAUACCUCAUCCCAGGAUCCUCAGAGUAACAACUAUCAGAAUCUUCCGGUACAGGACAGAAACCUGAUGCUUCCAGAUGGUCCCAAACCUCAGGAGGAUGGCUCUUUCAAGAGGAGAUAUCCCCGUCGCAGUGCUCGGGCGCGCUCGAACAUGUUCUUCGGGCUCACCCCGCUCUAUGGAGUGAGAUCCUACGGUGAAGAAGACAUUCCAUUCUACAGCAGCUCCACAGGCAAGAAACGGGGCAAGAGAUCAGCCGAAGGACAGGUGGAUGGGGCUGACGACCUGAGCACCUCAGAUGAAGAUGACCUAUACUAUUAUAAUUUCACCAGAACAGUGAUUUCCUCAGGUGGAGACGAGCGGCUGGCAUCCCAUAAUUUAUUUCGGGAGGAGGAGCAGUGUGACCUUCCCAAAAUCUCACAGUUGGAUGGCGUCGAUGAUGGCACAGAGAGCGAUACUAGCGUCACCGCCACCACAAGGAAAAGCAGCCAGAUUCCAAAAAGAAAUGGGAAGGAAAACGGAACGGAGAACUUAAAGAUUGAGCGACCCGAAGAUGCCGGUGAGAAAGAACAUGUCAUUAAGAGUUCCGUUGGCCACAAAAACGAGCCAAAGAUGGAUAACUGCCACUCCGUAAGCCGAGUUAAAACACAGGGACAGGACUCCUUGGAGGCUCAGCUCAGCUCAUUGGAAUCCAGCCGCCGGGUCCACACGAGCACCCCGUCGGACAAGAACCUCCUGGACACCUACAAUACCGAGCUCCUCAAGUCGGACUCGGAUAACAACAACAGUGACGACUGUGGGAAUAUCCUGCCCUCGGACAUUAUGGACUUUGUACUGAAGAAUACUCCUUCCAUGCAGGCUUUGGGCGAGAGCCCGGAGUCCUCUUCGUCGGAACUCCUGAAUCUGGGUGAAGGUUUGGGUCUUGACAGCAAUCGGGAAAAGGACAUGGGUCUCUUCGAGGUCUUUUCUCAGCAGUUGCCGACGGCGGAACCCGUGGACAGUAGCGUCUCCUCCUCUAUCUCAGCAGAGGAGCAGUUUGAGCUGCCUCUGGAGCUACCGUCCGACCUGUCUGUCCUGACCACGCGGAGUCCCACUGUCCCUAGCCAGAAUGCCAGCAGACUGGCUGUAAUCUCUGACUCAGGAGAGAAGAGAGUGACCAUCACCGAGAAGUCUGUGGCCUCCUCUGAAGGUGACUCGGCACUGCUGAGUCCAGGAGUGGAUCCCACCCCCGAAGGCCACAUGACUCCCGAUCAUUUUAUUCAAGGACACAUGGACGCAGACCACAUCUCCAGCCCUCCUUGUGGUUCGGUGGAGCAAGGUCAUGGCAACAAUCAGGAUUUAACUAGAAACAGUAGCACCCCCGGCCUGCAGGUACCUGUUUCCCCUACUGUUCCUAUCCAGAACCAGAAAUAUGUGCCCAAUUCUACUGAGAGUCCUGGCCCAUCUCAGAUUUCUAAUGCAGCUGUCCAGACCACUCCACCCCACCUGAAACCAGCCACUGAGAAACUCAUUGUGGUUAACCAGAACAUGCAGCCACUUUAUGUUCUCCAAACUCUUCCAAAUGGAGUGACCCAAAAAAUCCAGUUGACCUCUUCUGUUAGUUCUACACCCAAUGUGAUGGAGACAAAUACUUCAGUAUUGGGGCCCAUGGGAAGUGGUCUCACCCUAGCCACGGGACUAAAUCCAAGUUUGCCAACGUCUCCAUCUCUGUUCCCUCCUGCUAGCAAAGGAUUGCUCCCCAUGCCUCAUCACCAGCACUUACAUUCCUUCCCUGCAGCUGCUCAAAGUAGUUUCCCACCUAACAUCAGCAGUCCUCCUUCAGGCCUACUUAUUGGGGUUCAGCCUCCUCCAGAUCCCCAACUUUUGGUUUCAGAAGCCAGCCAGAGGACAGACCUCAGUACCACAGUAGCCACUCCAUCCUCUGGACUCAAGAAAAGACCCAUAUCUCGUCUACAGACCCGAAAGAAUAAAAAACUCGCUCCCUCUAGCACCCCUUCAACCAUUGCCCCUUCCGAUGUGGUCUCUAACAUGACCCUGAUUAACUUCACACCCUCCCAGCUGCCAAACCAUCCCAAUCUGUUAGAUCUGGGGUCACUUAAUACGUCAUCUCACCGAACUGUCCCCAACAUCAUAAAAAGGUCUAAAUCUGGCAUCAUGUAUUUUGAACAGGCACCCCUGUUACCCCAGAGUGCCGCGGCGGCGGGCGCGUCCACCGUAAGCCAGGAUACUGGCCACCUCACCGCGGGGCCUGGGUCCGGCCUGGCGUCCGGUGCCUCCGUCUUGAAUGUUGUGUCCAUGCAGACCACAACCGCCCCUACAAGUAGCGCGUCCGUUCCGGGACAUGUUGCGUUAACCAACCCCAGGUUGCUCAGUGCCCCGGAUAUUGGCUCAAUAAGCAACCUUUUAAUCAAAGCUAGCCAGCAGAGCCUGGGGAUGCAGGACCAGCCCGUAGCUCUACCGCCCAGCGCGGGAAUGUUUCCACAACUGGGGGCCGCGGCGUCUAGCAUCUGUGUGCUCCCCUCUGCUCAGACUGCGGGCGUCGCAGCUGCCUCUCCUUCUGGGGAAGCGGAAGAACACUAUCAGCUUCAGCGCGUGAACCAGCUCCUUGCCAGCAAAACUGGGAUUCUCCCGUCCCAGCGCGAACUUGAUUCUGCUGCAGGGACCCAGGGAUCCACCUUCGCCCAGACAGGAGAUGCUCCUAAUAGCAUGGGGCUAGAGCAGAAUAAGGCUUUAUCCUCAGCUAUGCAAGCCAGCCCGGCCUCUCCCGGGGGCUCUCCAUCCUCUGGACAGCCCUCAGCAAGCCCCGCGGUGCCGGCUCCCACCAAACCCAAACCAAAAAUCAAACGGUUUCAGCUGCCUUUGGACAAAGGGAAUGGCAAGAAGCACAAAGUUUCCCAUUUGCGGACCAGUUCUUCUGAAGCACACAUUCCAGACCAAGAAGCCAGCACGACAUCCCUGACCUCAGUCACAGGGACUCCAGGAGCAGAGACUGAGCAGCAGGACACAGCUAAUGUGGAACAGUCAAAGGAGUGUGGGCAGCCCACAGGGCAAGUUCUUCCUGAGAUUCAGGCAACACAAAAUCCAGCAAAUGAGCAAGAAGGUACAGAACCUAAAACAGUGGAAGAAGAAGAAAGUAAUUUCAGCUCUCCACUGAUGCUUUGGCUCCAGCAAGAACAGAAGAGGAAAGAAAGCAUUGCUGAGAAAAAGCCCAAGAAAGGACUUGUUUUUGAAAUUUCAAGUGAUGAUGGCUUCCAGAUCUGUGCAGAAAGUAUUGAAGAUGCCUGGAAGUCACUGACAGAUAAAGUCCAGGAAGCUCGGUCAAAUGCCCGCCUAAAGCAGCUCUCAUUUGCAGGUGUUAACGGUUUGAGGAUGCUGGGCAUUCUUCACGAUGCAGUCGUGUUCCUGAUUGAGCAGCUCUCCGGUGCCAAGCACUGUAGGAAUUACAAAUUCCGUUUCCACAAACCAGAGGAAGCCAACGAACCCCCUCUGAACCCUCAUGGCUCAGCCAGGGCUGAAGUUCACCUGAGGCAAUCAGCUUUUGACAUGUUUAACUUCCUGGCUUCCAAACACCGGCAGCCUCCUGAAUACAACCCCAACGAUGAGGAAGAGGAGGAGGUACAGCUGAAGUCAGCUCGGAGGGCAACUAGUAUGGAUCUGCCAAUGCCCAUGCGUUUCCGGCACUUAAAAAAGACUUCUAAGGAGGCAGUUGGUGUCUACAGGUCUCCCAUCCACGGCCGGGGUCUUUUUUGUAAGAGAAACAUUGAUGCAGGUGAGAUGGUGAUUGAGUAUGCUGGCAAUGUCAUCCGCUCCAUCCAGACUGACAAGCGAGAGAAGUAUUACGACAGCAAGGGCAUCGGUUGCUACAUGUUCCGAAUUGAUGACUCGGAGGUGGUGGAUGCCACCAUGCACGGAAAUGCUGCACGCUUCAUCAAUCACUCAUGUGAGCCUAACUGCUACUCUCGGGUCAUCAACAUCGACGGGCAGAAGCACAUUGUCAUCUUUGCCAUGCGCAAGAUCUACCGUGGGGAGGAGCUCACCUACGACUAUAAGUUCCCCAUCGAGGAUGCCAGCAACAAGCUACCCUGCAACUGUGGUGCCAAGAAAUGCCGGAAGUUCCUAAACUAGAGCUGCUCCUCGCCCCCAGUGUCGGAGUACUAGGACCCAGGCCCAUCCAGAGCAAUGCUGAAGGCCUUUGCCAGCAGCUAGGAGUUCCAGGAUUGAGUGGGCACAGUUGAGGGGCCUCCGUGAUGGCUGGGCUCCCUUACGUCCUAUAUUCACGUUAGACAUGUGGUCCUAGUCCUGGAGAGAGAGAUGAGGUCUCGAAGAAAAGAUCCGCGGCCGGCUUUCUACUGGGGCCCCUCUGAUUGU